AUGAUAAACAAGGGAUUAGCAAGUUUGAGCUCGGUGAUAGAAUUACUCAAUGAGAUCCUAAAUAGAAGCAUGGUUCAACCAAUUGACAUCAAUGUUGAUAAAGGCAUGGAAAAAUCUUAUCGUAUACAUGAUAUGGUGAUUGAUUCCAUAUGUUUUUGCCAAGUGAAGAAAAACCAUUUGCAUGGCACUCAGUCAAAGGCAAGAUUUGAAGAUUAA